UCUCUAUUGUUUUGGAGGUUUGAACGCUAUCAGCAGGAGGGCGCUCCCACAUCUUCGUGGCUCGCCGUUGUCAUUCAGGCUGUCGAAUCAAAUGCACGGUGUCCUCGCAUGCAGCCGCAAGGUACGUGACCCGCAGACUGAGACACAUUCUGGCACCCUAGGUGGCCGCGGUGGACCGUUACAUAGUGCCAUUGCCGCCCAUGCGAUGUAUGUACAUAUAGAACAGCUCAGCGUAUUUGCAUGGACGUGGCGCGCUUCUCCUGCAACUGUGUAAGCCCCCUUCCUCACGCCGAUAUCCCCGAUGGCCUCAGGCACGCCGCAGGUCACACAAGCGGAAAUUACCGCACUCAAACUAACUUUCGCCAACUCCUGUUGCCAGUUUGCGGCAGCCACCAUGAUCUUCCAUGACCAUAUGAUGACGAUCGCUCAGGAAGUGCAAUAUGUAUGGGGCCAGAGACUGUCCGGGGCCGCGCUUAUCUUUCUGCUCAACCGAUAUAUGGUCUUGACGCUCGGCGUGGCUAUCAUCCUACAAGUUGUCCCCUGGGAUACCCCUCUCAAUUCGCAGAGUUGCGAAGCGACAAUUCUGCUAUACGACGUAGUCUCCAUCGCACUGUAUAUUGUGAUUGCCUUGUUCUCUGCCCUUCGAGCAUACGCCAUCGGUGGUCGCAAUUGGUUAGCCGCCUUGACUACCCUAAGCCUAGGACUCGCAAUCGCAGUCGCAAGCAUGUAUUUCACAGCGAAGUCUUCCUACGCUGAUGUUCUCGUGAUUGAGCACAUUGAUGAUAAUUUGAACCGUAUCAUGUCUGUCGUUCUUAGCGCACUCAUUGCUACGCGCCUAUGCGCAGUCCUGGCGGAUGCUCUCCUCAUCGGGCUUACGCUCCACAAAACACUUAAGAUACAACGCACAAUCAAUCCCGGUACUUGGGCUCCUCUUACGAAGUCGUUAGUGAAGGAUGGCUCAUUAUAUUUUAUCUCCUUGCUGUUUCUCAACGUUCUGCAGAUGGUGCUGAAGUCAGUUAAUGGGGCCCUCACAAAUUAUGUUUCUGUGUUCGUCGCACCCGUCUCAUCCAUAUUGAUUUCGUGGUUCAUGCUCAACCUCCGACGUACCUUUCGCUGGCAAUCCAUGGGAUUCAGCGCAGGCACGGUCGGAAAUAUGGGCGAGCCACUCGACCGACGCUGGCCCUCAGGCUUGGACGACUCCGAUACCUCAAACGGCUUCGAGAUGGUGUCUAGCUCGCUGCCGACGUUUAGACUGCGAGCGAGUGACUCUCUGAGUCUCGAGGUUCCCAUUGUGGAUUCAACGCCGGAUGAUAUACAGCUCAGUGCCGUACCAUAA